GUGGCUGUGGCUGACUUCUCGCGUCUGGCGUUUACAAACAGUAAAUAAACGCGAAAUAAAACGUGUUGUCGUUGACGGACGUGAAAUCGUACUAGCCGUGUUGCCGUAGCGAGAGAUAAUUACGCAAGAAAUUAUCCAAGAUGAAUGAUGCUCGCAAUACGAAAAAGGAUAAGAAUCAGCAUAUACAAGUUUUCGUGCGCGUCAGACCAAUAAAUCAAAGUGAGAAAGUUGGAAAAUCUAUCCCGGUAUUAGAAUUGCCAUCUAACAAAGAAGUGGUGGUCCACGAAAGAUCACAAGGCAAUCAUUCAAAGAAAUUCACAUUUGACAAAGUAUUUGGACCUUCUUCGAAACAGAUAGAUGUGUAUAAUGCAGUUGUUAGCCCAUUGCUCGAGGAAGUAUUGGCAGGAUAUAAUUGUACGGUUUUUGCUUAUGGCCAAACUAGUACUGGAAAGACAUUUACUAUGGAAGGUGUUAGCAAUGAUCCAACAUUGCACUGGCAAAGUGAUACUAAAGCUGGAAUUAUACCACGUGCAUUAAGUCAUUUGUUUGAUGAAUUACGUUUGUUGGAAGCACAAGAAUAUACAGUACGAGUUAGCUUUCUCGAGUUAUAUAACGAAGAACUGUUUGACUUGCUAUCGCCUAGUGAUGAUGCAUCUAAAAUAAGGCUUUAUGAAGAUGCUACAAGAAAAGGUUCAGUGAUCAUUCAUGGAUUAGAGGAAGUAACUGUACAUAAUAAAAAUGAAGUUUAUAAGAUCCUAGAAAAGGGAUCAGAGAAAAGACAAACGGCUGCAACUUUAAUGAAUGCUCACUCGAGCCGUUCCCAUACAGUAUUUUCCAUCACUAUUCAUAUAAAAGAAAAUAAUGUGGAUGGAGAAGAACUUUUAAAAACUGGAAAAUUAAACUUGGUAGAUUUAGCUGGGAGUGAAAAUGUUGGAAGAUCUGGUGCGGUUGAUAGGAGAGCACGAGAAGCAGGAAAUAUUAAUCAAUCAUUAUUGACUCUUGGUCGAGUUAUAACGUCGCUUGUUGAGAGAGCACCUCACAUUCCAUAUCGGGAAUCAAAAUUAACAAGACUCUUGCAAGAGUCAUUAGGUGGACGUACGAAAACGUCAAUCAUUGCAACAGUGUCUCCAGCGAGCAUAAAUGUUGAGGAAACCUUAUCAACAUUAGAUUAUGCUCAACGUGCCAAAAAUAUCACAAAUCGUCCUGAAAUUAAUCAGAAACUGUCUAAAAAGGCACUACUUAAAGAGUACACGGAAGAAAUUGAGAGACUUAGAAGAGACUUGGUGGCAGCACGUGAACGAAAUGGUGUAUAUUUGGCACACGAUAAUUAUAAUGAGAUGCAAACAUUAAUUGAAAAUCAGACAAAGGAAAUUGAAGAAAAAAUAACUCACAUUAAAGUCCUUAAAGAAACUAUGGAGACUAAGGAGCAAAUAUUUAAUGAUUUACAAACAAAGCAUAUGGAACAAACUAAUUAUCUACACGAAACUAAGAAACAAUUAGAAACCACCGUACAUGCUUUGAAAUCAACUACAGCACUUUUACAAAUGACAGAACGUGAGAAAGAAGAACAAAGUUACUUAGUAGAAAAACACGUAUCUACAGAAAAACAACUUUUGUCGGAAGCAAAAAAACUCUUGGAUGUAGCUGAUUCAGCAACAGUUGAUGUAAAUAAGCUUCAUGAUAAAAUUUCUUAUAAGAGACAAUUGGAACAAGAAAAUGAACAUAUCAGUCAUCAGUUCCGAAGUAACAUUUCAAAACAGUUUCAAGAUGUGGAAAAUAAUGUUGCAGUUUAUACACGGGAAUUCAUAGGGUUUUGUACCUCUAUGAAAAAUAGCAUCGGCUCACAAAUGGAACUGUUUAAAAAGGAUAUUGAUUCAAUAAUCGGCCAUAUGUCAAAUGACAUUGUUAAUAAAGAAAAAUUAGCAAUAGAUGAAUUUACAAAGAACAUAAAUAAUUCAUACAAACACUAUCACCAGUGGCUGGACACAGAAAUGGCAUAUUCAUCUGACAUGACUCAGAAUGAACGUAAAUUUUUAAAUGAUGUGUCCCUAAAACUGACAUCGAAAAUUAAUGAUUUUAUAGAAGUUAAUAACAUGGAAAUUGUAGAGAACUUACAUCGUUUAAAUGAUGCGGUAUCUCAGAAGUUUGAUAAAGUAUUGGCAUAUACAAAUGAAUCGAUAAAACAACUAUGUAACUACAGGUUGCAAGAACGUGAUAAUUUGUAUAAAAAUAUAGAUGAGAUAAAACAGAAUAUACAAGCUAUUCGUGAAGGUGAUGGUAAAAUUAUGGAGGAGCAAGAAAGAUUUAAAAAGUCAUUUGAAGAUCUAUGGCUACAAUUUAACAAGUUAAAUGAAAAUGUGACCGAGAAUUAUUCGACCGCAUGCACCACCUUAAAUCGUGUUAAUGAGGUUUGCGACAGUACGACUAAUGAUAUUUUUAAUAACUACCACAAGGCUGUUGAGAGAAAUGAGACUCUACAGCAGAGAAUUCAAGGCGACGUGGAUAUAAUAAAAAACGAUGUUACAUCUAGCAUGGAAGAGAAUUGGACGUUAGCAGAGCAGGUUGCAGUACAUAGCCGUAAUUUGACUGAUGAAAUUCAAACUGACUUAAAUAGUCAUUGCGAUGUAUUAGUGCAGAAAAAAUUACAUGUCGAAGAUAACAUAAAACAAAUGGAACAAAAGUUCAAGGAAGAUAAUUCUUCUUCUGUUGGAUCUGUCAAAAAUAUCUAUAAUACACUAGUUCAAGGAAGUCAUGAUCAUCAAAAGCUUGCGGAAGAAUUAAGAAAGAAAAAUCUACAAGCAUCCAAAGAACUGAACGAUAAGCUUACAAGUGAAAGCGAAAAAUCGUCUGUUUGUUAUGACAAGACAAUUACGGAUCUGCAUUCAAUACAGGAAAAAAUUGGGAAAUUUCUUGGAGAUUUACGGCACGACACGCCAACAGGUUUAACGCCGGCAAGAAAAGAAUAUCAAUAUCCACGACGUCUUGUUGCAACUUCGCCACAUGAACGAAUCAUUCAGAGAUUCAGAGAAACAAGAAAUUACCUCAACCUCAACAAUUCUGAUAAUGAAGAAACGGUAUUGGUCAAUAAUAACUCGCCGAAGAAGAAAUGUCCGAAUGCAAAUUAAAUACUUCAACUGGUAAUCAGUUGCACAUUUUAUACUUAUACAAUAAAAAUUAGUUAAUUAUGUACAUUAGGUUUAAUUAAAGAGAUAAGGAUAUUUUGAUACAAUGAUACAAUGUAAUUCACGGCAUAAAUAACGAUAUAAAUAAAUAAUUGACAGAAAAUGAUUCACAAAUCUAUUGCAUUAUACAUUAUAUAAAAAAGUAUCAGACACUUUAGCGAAUUGACUGCAUAAAUAAUUCUUAUAAUAAGCAUAAAUAGACAUAUACUACGUUUACGCGAGCGUUACUUCUGUAGUAACUUACG